GUUCUAUUAGUGACACGCAACGGCAUCCUAUACGCAGGGGAAAUGUUAAUUAGAUUUUUCCGAUUUGUUAUCAGCCGCAUUUCAUUGUCUCCUGUGGAAUUGUCCGGUUUGAUUUGGAUUUUUUGGUGGUGUCACGUAUUAUUUAUCUUUGGCAACCUUCGUCGCGCUUCGAGACCUGUCAACCGUGGAUAUUACUACCCCGUUCGUAAACAUUAAAUUCCUGUCUGCUACACACUAGCUAGCCAAAAGAGGCCAGAGGGCAAUUGUAGCCGCGCCAACAUUUCCUGUUCUCUGAGCCUUUUUUUUUUCGAGCUGUGGUCGUUUGUAUUACCGACAUUUUUGUAAGGAAAUCCAUGCAGUAUAGUUUAUCGGUUCUCCAUGAAAGAGCUACUUAAUUCUUUUACUUAUAUGGCCGUCUAAUCUACAGUUACAAGAGUGGCACCACGUAUUUAUAUUCAUUUGCUUAAAGGCAACCUUUAGCACGAUAGUAAAAAGUGGGUGGUAGGUGAGAAAUGAGUGCUUCGGCUCCAGUCAAACCGAGUGGGAUUAAGCCACCAACAAGUAGGUUGGCCAGGCCAUCUGUAACUUCCAAACCGGCAUCAAAUGGAUCCUCAGGAGAGAAUAUGUCUAAGAUAUCAAACGAAAGUGAUGGGCCCAAAAAGAAAUUAGAUAGAAAUGAUGGUCUUGAUGAUGGUGGUGACCUUGAUCGGGUAAGCGACUUGCCGUCCUUGCCGGGCAGUCGCAAAACGAGCAAGGACAUGAUGAGGAAACUCUCAGAUGGUUCUGGUAGUGCUCUAGACCCAGAAUAUGAGCUGGCACGUCGGUUGAGUGAAGCUGGUAUUCGUCGAAUGUCAGAUGCCAACUUGAUUUUGACGACUGACACAGACAGUUUCAUCAUCGGUCAACACAUUUACGUCAACGGCAUCAAACCGGGAAAGAUUCAAUUCAUUGGCGAGACAAAGUUCGCUCCUGGCGAGUGGGCAGGCAUCGUGCUGGAUGAUCUUUCGGGCAAGAAUGAUGGCUCUGUUGGCGGCGUUCGUUAUUUCCAGUGUCAGCCAAAGAAGGGCGUCUUCUCUCGCUUGGGAAGACUUACACGACAACCACUCGACGCCAUCCAGCUGGCCGCUCUUCAAUCUCAACAGUCACAGCCACCUGCGAGCGAAAAUGGAGAUGACUCUUCUUCCACCACCACCACCACAAAUACUAAUGGAGCCAACGGCACUGCUUCUACUUCACCGGUGGCGGCCACACCGAAUUCUGUUGUGAGUGUCCAAUCGAUUGGCGAUCUCCGGCUGGGCGAUCGAGUCAUUGUGACGAGCAGCCAGGGCUCCAAGGCCGGUGUACUGCGCUACCUGGGCACGGCCGAAUUUGCAGUUGGCCAAUGGGCAGGUGUGGAACUGGACGAUCCUACUGGCAAGAACGACGGCGCCGUGGCAGGCACUCGAUACUUUGAAUGCCAACAGCACUAUGGUCUAUUCGCUCCUAUUCACAAAGUUUCCCGCUCACCGGCCAAUCACAUGCGACGCACAUCCGGAGCCAUGAACGCUUCCAUGUCGUCUUCGCUGAGCCAACCGAGAGCCGGUGGAUCGUCACGAACGGGUACGAGGAGAGACUCUGAAUCGGCCAGUGUCACUUCUGUUGCAACAUCACGCGCCAGUACGGCCAUCAGCCGGGUAAGGUCAACUAUCAACAACCCUCGACUGGGCGUCAAUUCCCUAACAUCCACUUAUUCACCCACUCACCAAGCAAAAACCCAGAAAACAAGCCGCCCUUCGGUUACAGGAUCAGCGCAUAAUCACCAGGAUUUGCUGCGAGAGAGAGACCAACACAUUGAACAGCUGAUGAAAGAGCGAGAAAUGGAGCGCAGUGAAGUGACCCGUGCGGCCGCCCAGGCCGAUGAGGCCGAACACCAGCUAUCCUUGCUUCAGCGUCGCUACAACUUGGAGAAAGAAGAAUUCGCUAAAAAAAUGGAGGAACUGGAACGACUUUUGUUGGCAGCCGAAUCGGUCCGCUCGUCCCAAGGAGCCCAAAUUGACGAUUUGCAAUUCCGGUUGGAAGAGGAAACUAUUCUCCGUUCUGAAAUUGAGGCUCAGCAAAAGGGAAUGGACGAUAAAGAGAAAGAAUGGGCUCGCCAGGUUGAACAGCUCGAAAGUGAGGCCCAACGUUGUUUCGAAGCGGAAGAAUUGGCCGCACGCUACAAGGAUGAAUUGGAUGCGUUGCAAGCCAAAGGUCAACAGCAACCGCAGUCAGCCACCCCCGAAAACGAUCAGUCAGACGAUCGCAUCCGGCAACUCGAGGCUUCUGUGCGGGUCAAAGAAAACGAACUUUUGCAACUAAAGGAUUCCAUGCAAGAGCUGUCGAAAUCGCUAGAAUCUGAGCAGCUGAAAAAUCGCAACGCCGAAGAACGAUUCCAGGCACUGGAAACUGAGCUGCAAGUCACCAAAACUUCGCUGAAUGAGAUUACAAAUGUCGGCGAAACGGAGCUGGGAGAGUGGAAGAACAAACUGGAAAUCCUUGAACGUCAAAACGCCGAAAGUCGACAACAGCUUGAAAAGCUGAACGAAGAGAAAACUCGAUUCGAAACGCAAUUCAACGAAGCCCAAGCCUUACUAAACCGUUCCCAGGAUGCCGAGGUGACCGAGUCGCGUGACUUGAAAGCCAAGCUGGAAGAAAUGACACGUCGACAUGCCGAAAGUCAAGAACAGAUGUCGAAAUUGAACGAGGAAAAGGAACGGCUUCAGUUACACUUGGCAGACUCUUUAGCUUCAACAAAUCAAACGAAGCAUGACGGAGAUGCGGAACUGAAUAAAUUGAAGGUGAAGUUAGACGAGCUCGAGCGCCAGGAGGCCAAAAAUGAGGAGCAGCUUUUCAACCUGGACGAGGAAAAGGUGCGACUCGAAUUGCAAUUAGCGGAUACACAAGCGUCUGCCGCCCAGCUGGAAGAAGCUAAAAGAGUUGAAGCUGAAACGAAAAACCAGGAAAUAGAACAACUCAAGAAUUUAAUCGAAACUUUAGAACAUCAGAAAGAGGAUAAUAAAGUGCAAUUAGCAUAUGUGGAAGAGGAAAAAAUCCGACUCGAUGCAGAAUUGCAAAGGGUUCACGCGUUGUUGGAAGAAUCGAAAGAAGUUGCCAAAGCCGACGCCGACACGAAUAAGUUUGAAUUUGAAGAACUGAAGGCGCAAUACGACGCUUUGGAGGUCCAGCAAACGGAAAUUCAAAUUCAAUUGGCCAAUAUUCAAGAAGAGAAGAUGAAAUCUGAAGAAGAGAAAGUUAAUUUGGAUGCAGAGUUGCAGUCUGUCAGAGCUUUGUUGGUCGAAUCGACCGGGGCUGCGAAAUCUGAAGUAGAAGAAACAAGGAAUGAAUUUGUAGAAUUGAAAGUGAAAUACAGUGGACUGGAACGCCAACUUGCGGAAGUCAAUGUUCAGCUGGAAAAUGUACAAAAAGAGAAAACCAAUUCCGAAGAAGAGAAAACGAAACUCGUUGCUGAAUUGAAAGCUGCCCAAGAUUCACUGUCCGUCUCUAAAGAAGCCGCUAAAUCCGAAUCAGAAAAGAAAAAUUUUGAAUAUGAAGAGCUUAAAGACAAAUACGAUACUUUGGAGCUGCAACAAAUGGAAGUAAAAAUUCAGUUGGCUAAUCUUGAAGAAGAAAAGGUCAAGGCUGAUGAAGAUAAAUCUAGAUUAGAGGCAGAAUUGAAAACAACCCGUGUUUCAUUGGCCGAGUCUGUAGAGGCAGCUAAAACGGAAGCAGAAAAGAAAAAGUUGGAAUUUGAAGAAUUGAAGCGGGAAUUUGAAGUUUUGGGACUUCAACAGUCUGAAAUCAAAGUUCAGAUGACAAAACUUCAAGAAGAGAAAACCAAAUCCGAGUUGGCGUUGCAGAAGAAAAGCGAAGAAGAAGCGGAGAAGUGGAGAAAGAAAUGCAACGAUUUCGAACAACAGAAAGCGGCCAACGGCCAGCGACUCACUCAACUCGACGAAGAAAAAUCGCGACUCGAAUCUGAAUUGUUGCGACUCUCCAGCACUUCCAGCAAUGCUUCACAAGACCUCACUCGUCUUCACGGUGAACUGAUGGCUGCCCGACAAACCCUGGGUGAAUCUCAAUCACAAUCAUCUAAACUUGAACUAGAAAAAUCUGGGCUGGAGCAACUUAAUGCCACACUUCAUUCCGAUCUCACAACUCGCGAUGAGAAGAUUGUUGAACUUUCCUCCGUCAAAGCGGAUCUUGAACGCCAGAUACAAGAGAUCAGUCAAACGCUAAAGGAUGAUCAGAAAAAGUUUGAAAAAGAAAAAGAUGCAGCUAAAACGGAAGCAGAAAAGAAGAAAUUGGAAUUUGAAAAACUGAAAAGUCAAUCCGAAGUUUUGGAACUUCAACAUUCUGAAAUCAAAGUUCAGUUGUCAAAGUUACAAGAAGAGAAAACUAAAUCCGAGUUGGCAUUGCAGAUGAAAAGCGAAGACGAAGCUGAACAGUGGAGAAAGAAAUGCAACGAUUUCGAACAACAGAAAGCGGCCAACGACCAGCGACUCAGCCAACUCGACGAAGAAAAAUCGCGACUUGAAUCUGAAUUGUUACAACUCUCCAGCACAUCCAGUAAUGCUUCGCAAGACCUUACUCGUCUUCACGGUGAACUGAUGACUGCCCGACAGACGUUGAGUGAAUCCCAAUCACAAUCAUCUAAACUUGAACUAGAAAAAACUGGGCUGGAACAACUUAAUGCAACACUUCAUUCCGAUCUCACAACCCGCGAUGAGAAGAUUGUUGAAAUUUCCGCCGUCAAAGCGGAUCUUGAACGCCAAAUACAAGAGAUCAGUCAAUCACUGAAGGAUGCUCAGACACAGUUUGAAAAGGACAAGGCAGAAUGGAAUCGGUCGAGUGAGGAUCUUCGUGGAGAAGUGAAAAAUCAAGCUGAGAAAAUCGCUGGUCUCACUGCAUCCCAGGUGGAUUUACAAGCCCAACUUCAAAAUGUCAACGAAACUUUGGAUAAAAUGAAAAUUCAGUCGCAGAAAGAAAAGGACGAGUUGGAACAGUCCAAUGGAAUACUCAGUGCCGAUCUGGCCAACAAAGAGAAACAAAUCGCUGAUCUCCUUUCAACCACCGCAAUCACCACCGAUAAAUAUGAGAGCGAAUUACAGUUGACUAAGCAAAAGUGUGAUCAAAUGAAGGAGCAACUUCAAAACCUUGAAUCCCAUCAGCAAGAAUCGGAAGGUGGAAUGGCUCAACUAAAGAAAUCCUUCGCAGAAUUAGAACAAGAAAAAUCUAAUUGGCUUAUCGAGAAACUUCAACUAGAAGAAUCCCUUAAACAGCUGGAGAAUCAACUCUCCAGUCUGUCGAUCGAGAAAGAAGAAUCCAGUCACAAGAUCCGGGAGCGUGAUGAAAUGUUGGCGAAGCUGACGGAAGAAGUGACGCUCUUGAAAGACAAAUUUACAGCCCACAUUGCCGAGCUGGAACAGAAGCUUCAGGAGAACCAGGCGACAGCAGAGACAGAAAAAGAACUUCAAGCUGCGUUAGCUGAAGCUAGAGCCCGUGCGGAUGAAAUCCAAGUCGCUUUAGAAGAUAGCCAGAAGAACGAGAAGGAGCUGAUGGAAGUACGUGAGCAGUUGGCUUUAGCCAAUAAAUUGCAAGAAGAAUUCAGCCAGAAGAGUCAGAAGGAGCAGACGGAGUUGAAGCAGCAGAUAAAUGAAUUGUCGGCCGUGAAAGAGUCCAUGCGGGAUCGAGAACUGAAAUUGCAAGAAGAAUUAUCUUUGUUGAAACGUCAACUGGAGGAACAAAGCAGUCGCCUCCAAGGUCAGCUCGAUGUUACCAAGGAGGUGGCUGAGUCUACUCGCCAACUGUUGCAAGAUUUGGAAAUGGCACAAAACCGGAUCAAAGAAUUACAGUCCAUUCUGGAGGAAACUGAUCAAAGAUUAGCGGAAUUGCAGGAAGUUGAGCUUCGAGUUAAAAGUCUAGAGGAGAAACUUGAGUUGAAAACUAUUGAAUUGAAAGAAGAGAUGGAUGAUCGAGACAAAGCUGAAGAUAGAGUAUUAAGAUUGACGGAAAGCUUGGCUGGAAAAGAAAAAGAACUGGAAGCUUUACGACUGGAGACGACAAGCUUGAAAAAAUCUACAACAGAAGUUUCUCACUUGUUGACGGCCUUUUCUACAGUCGACCGUGAAAAGAAACAGUUGGAAGCCAAAGUGGUAGAGUUACAAGUAGCCGCUGCCGCCGCUUCUCGAGGUGCCGGAGCUGAUGCGGCAGACACUGACGUUCGAAUCAAGAAAUUCAAGGACGACUACCAUCAAAAAGAACAAGAAAUUAAGUUUCUCAAUUCCGUUAUUGUAGACAUGCAAAGAAAAGUUGAGGAUCUCAAUGUCAAACUGGAAAUCAGCCAGGCGACGUUGCUCGGCCAAAAUGCUCUUGCACCUGAAAAUCGGAAUGGAGUCAAGAUCGAAGCCAAACCCCCAAGACUAUUCUGCGACAUUUGCGAUUUGUUCGAUUUGCAUGACACUGAAGAUUGUCCCACACAAGCCUCCGAAGACUUUGAUAACUCACCGCCUUUUUCGAAUCAACGCUCGAUGCCUUCCUUUAACCAAGAUUCGCCCAGCUAUAAACAACAUUCACACCACGGAGGGUCGAGGGGUGCCAUGCGACCUUAUUGUGAUAUUUGUGAAGUAUUUGGCCAUGCAACUUCGGAAUGCACGGAAGAUGCAACCUUCUAAACGAGACGUGUUGUUUUGCUGAUGUCACUGCUGUUUUCGUCUUGUCUAGAUGCCAAGUUCUAUAAAUACUAAGUUUUUUCUCGAACGUUUACCGGUGCCUUCGUGAAACGACUUUCAUACAACUGAAGAUCUGAUAUGAGAAAAAAUACGAUGAUGGCUACUCAUAGAUUAAUGCAAAUCAUGUAUUUAAAAAAAAAGCUUCCAUGUGUUUGUUUGUUUGAUUAUUAGUCUCUAUUCUAAGCCUUCUCGCUUUUCUCGUACGGCAUCCUACAUAAAGAAAUUGUUUAUAUUGUUAUUGUGGAGUUUGUUCUUAGAAUUUAAAUACACAAAAUUAUUACGCGGAA